ACUUCCUCAAGACCGAACGGUUGUGCCGAGAUGGAUGAAAUUCAUCUCAUUAAGAUCUACGCUGAUUUUCUUGUGAGAUAUAAGUCGAAAUGUCACCAUGUAUAGGUGUGUUGCUAUAUCCGCAACUAUAAUUGAAUAAACACAAAUUUCUCUCUUCUGUUGAUUUUUCCAACCUACUUCAACUGAAGUCAUCAACUUAGUCGAUCAAAAAUGAAAUAACUCCUCGAAAACUACAGAUAAGAACGAAACAAAGAAACUACCCAUAAACGACCGAGUCGCAACCCAAUAAAAGCAUCCAUUUCAACCCCCCGUUCAAUUUCUGCCACACAUCGUAUACAUCGCAAUCGGACGCUCGACAAAAACCCAACAAAACCUCCCCUAUCGCGAUCAGAUUUCCGGCGUGACAGCUCUAUUUAGCAGUAUUUGUACCAUUUAACUCCCGAAAUCUACCCUCAUUCAAGUUCAUGACAUCCGCGCGAGGUGGGGAGGGGUGGUUCGUCGAGCGGACCAAUCGCGCGCGCCGUGGGCGUACCCCGUCCGUUCAACUGUUCCCGACCGACGGUUACCGCGAUCGUUUCGUUUCUGACGCGCGUCGGAAUGGUGAAAAAGUGAUCUCGGCCGAAUUAGCGCGUCCGUGUACUUACCGAGCGUCUAAGGCGAGUGCGAAGCUGGCUUCCGUCAAGCGAGAGAGCGAUCUGGACUGGGGCGAGACCAGCGCGACCGAGUUCAGCGAGGAGAACUACCCUGAGGAGGAGUUCAAGAUGAUCGAAACGUCGCAGCAGCCGGUCGGCGUUUCGCGGGGCGCGAAUUUCUUCGGCGGUCACGGUUAUCUGGGUGGCAUGUUUCUGGGCGAGGAUUUUCGGCCCGUGUACAACAAGAACAGGAUGAACGACGGUGCCACGUCGAGCGGCGGCGGCGGUGGCGGUUCCCUGUUCACCAUAGACAGUAUUUUGGCGCCCAACAGGCCGAAACCGACGGCGGUGCCGUCGCAGCAGCAGCAACAGCAGAGAUCCGUUUUCCAGCAUCCCGGUUUCGGUCUGGGGCACAUCGGAGGUUUUGGGUCGGCUUCCGCCGAUUUUCUGGCUAUGGCGUACCCUGGACUAUAUCCGGGCUACGUUCACGCCUUAGCUGCCGCCUCCCAAGCCGCUUCCCUAGCUACAGGGCACCAUCACAACCCCCACCAACCCCCCAAGAGAAAACGCAGACACAGGACCAUCUUCAGCGAGGAACAGCUGGAGCAGUUGGAGGCUACCUUCGAACAGACGCAUUAUCCCGAUGUUGUCCUUAGGGAACAGCUAGCCUUGAAGGUGGACUUGAAGGAAGAAAGAGUAGAGGUCUGGUUCAAGAACAGGCGCGCAAAAUGGCGGAAGCAGAAGAGAGAAGAGCAGGAACGCAUCAGGAAAUUGCAAGAAGAGGACCUAUGCCGUGUGGAUCAAAUGAAAUUCGAGCAAUCGCAGGUGUCGCAUUUCAGUGGCGACGAUUCUUCCGAUCUGGAGGUAGCUUAAGGUUCCGCCCCCUUCAAAAAAAAAAUAUCAAAGUGAUCUAGUCAAAAGUUGUACAGUUUCGAUGUGGCCGAUGAUAGUAUUUCCGCAUCUGAAAAACUAACGAAGAAAAUAUGUGAGAAAACAUAUCUAUCACCCUGUAUCGAUACGAAUAAGCUAUGUCGAUUUCUACUCAGUAUUUCUUCUAACUUCAGGUGUACCCUGUAAAUAUAUCAAAAAUUGAAUGGAUUUAGGAAAUUUAACCUCUGUGUAUAUUGAUAGUUUAUUAUUAAGUCCAUUAUAUGGUUGUAAUUUAUAUUUGAAAAUGGUUACAUUUAUUCGAUGUAAAUUAUUCAUUAAAUCACGUGCAAAGCUGUAAUAUAGCUGGAUAUAUUAUGUGUAAAUAUAGUUUUAUGUAAAAUAUUAGAUAUCUUAUGUUCUUCUAUUAAAUGGACUGGUUUGAA